GGGUGCUGGGGGUGCUGGGGGGUGCUGAGCCCCCCGGUGCCCCCCAGCUGAGGGCCAUGAGGCGGCGGGGGGAGCGGGCACCCCGGGAGAAGGCGGCUGUGGAGGAGACGAAGAGCCCGGGGAGGAAGGCUGAGCAGGGCGCAGAGGAGUACUGCUGCAGCGGGAUCCUGGAGCAGGAUUUCCCCGAGCUCUGCACCCGUGCUGGCAUGGCCACCGUCCCCAAAGUCACCCUCCGGCCGUCCCCCAGCUUCCCUGCGGAUGAGGAGCCCACCGAGCCCACGCUGGUGGGGGUCCUCGCCCGCAUCGAGCGCAAGUACAGCUACUUCCAGCCCUGCAUCCAGGUGGAGAGGGAGCCCCAGGACCCCCGGAGCACCCGCGCCGUCUUCCUGCGAGGCUGGAAGAUGGAGGAGCCCAUGCUGGGGGUCCUGAGCCAGUGCCUGCCCACCCUGGCCGGCUUGCAGGCAGUGCACCUCUGGAAGGUCGGGCUGUCAGAGCGGCUGCUGCCGGUGCUCCUGGCACUGCUGGCACGCUGUCCUCGCCUGCGGACCCUCAGCCUGGAGGGGAACCCCCUGCCCACACCGGCCUUCCACACGCUGAUGGGGAGCGACAGCCCGCUGGUUCACCUCUCCCUGCGCAACAACCGCAUCGGGGACGAGGAUGCUCAGCUCAUCGGGAAGGGUCUUUCCACGCUGAGCCCCUCCGGCCGCAGCCUGGCCUCACUCAUCCUCAGCUUCAACCGCAUCUCGGACCUGGGGGCUGCCUACAUCGCCAGGGGCUUGCGUUUGAACCGCUCCCUCCUCUUCUUGUCCCUGGAGAACAACGACAUUGGUGACGUGGGGCCACCAGGCUGGCUGAGGUGGGUCCUGGCACCCUUCGCGCUGACGCACGAUGAGGUGGUGGAGCGGAGGCGGCUGCUCCUGGCAGAGGCGCUGGGACAGUCCUGCACGACCCCAAAAGAGACCAAGGGCCAGAGUGAGGAUGCUUCCAGCGCAGCCCCUGACAAGCUGCCCUGGGCCAAGCACGGCAAACCCCCCCCCAAAAAAAAGGAGCUGCUGCAGAAGGAGGAGGGCAGGCAGCGCAAGAAGUCACCGGAGCCAAGAGCUGCCCGCGGCAGAGAUCCAAAACCACGCCGCCAGGAGAAGCCGAACCUGGAGACAACCAUGUCACCGAGCGGGGACUCGGCGCCUUCCUGGCAGCGCUGGAGGAGCAGCAGCGGGAGAAGAAACCAAAGGUGCCGGGGCAGGGAGGGGCUGCUGUGCCUCUCCCUGGAGAAGAACCGCAUCCCUCCCGCCAGCCCGGCCUUGGCGCGGCUGCAGGAGCUGCUGCCACCGCAGCACCUGUGGCCCGGAGCGCGGGGCCGUGAGGAGGAGGAGGAGGAGGAGGAAGCACCGGGCACCUAGCCGGUCCCCAGCGGCACCCAAAAGGCCACCUCGAGUCUUGCCUUUUCUAUUUAAAAAAUAAAAUAAAAUAAAAUAAAAUAAAAUCCAAAUCUUUACCGUGGCAAGGAAGAAAAUAAACCAGAUUCUACAGCGUCCAACAGCAA